UCUCUUCUCUCUCCACUUUUCUCAUUCUCAAUCACACACACACACACACACUACACUACACUACACUUUCUAGUUUCUACUAUUUAUCGUCUCUCCGAAACCGAGGUCUCUCUUUCCCAUUCUUCCACACAACACUUUUACUGUUAUCACCUUUUCUCUCUCUCCUCAACACAUUUCAUUCUCUUUCUUUCUCAAUCAAACCCACCUAAGCUCAUUUCCUCACUAAUCUUCAUCUUUUCCAUUUUUUGCUUCAACUGUCACACACUUCAACAAAAAAAUGUUCCCUUUCCCUUUCAUUUUCCUCUUUUUUCUUCUCUGUUGCAACAUUCUUUCACCUCUUGUUGUUAAUUCUCUAAACUCCGAAGGCUAUGUUCUUUUAACACUAAAACAGUUCAUCAAUGACCCACAAAAUUCCAUGUCUAACUGGAAUUCUUCUGAUGAAAAUCCAUGUUCAUGGAAUGGAAUCACUUGCAAAGACCAAACUGUUGUUUCCAUUAGUAUCCCAAAAAGGAAACUUCAUGGUUCUCUUCCUUCUUCACUAGGAUCUCUUUCACAGCUUCGUCAUGUUAACUUCAGGAACAAUGAACUGUUUGGAACUUUGCCUCAACAGUUAUUUCAAGCUCAAGGACUUCAAAGUUUGGUGCUUUAUGGGAAUUCAUUUUCUGGGUCUGUUCCAAAUGAGAUUCAGAAUCUAAGGUACCUUCAAACUCUUGAUUUGUCACAGAAUUUCUUUAAUGGGUCAUUGCCUGCUGAAAUUGUUCAAUGUAAGAGACUUAAAACACUUGUUAUCAGUAGAAACAAUUUCACUGGCUUUUUGCCUGUUGGGUUUGGUGCUGGUUUGUCUUCUCUUGAAAAAUUGGAUCUUUCUUUCAAUCAAUUUAAUGGUUCAAUUCCUAGUGACAUGGGAAAUUUGUCUAGUUUGCAAGGAACUGUUGAUUUGUCUCAUAAUCAUUUUAGUGGUUUAAUCCCUUCUAGCCUUGGAAACUUACCUGAGAAGGUUUAUAUUGAUCUUACUUACAAUAAUUUAAACGGUCCUAUACCUCAAAAUGGUGCUUUGAUGAAUAGAGGACCAACUGCUUUUAUUGGUAAUCCUGGUUUGUGUGGUCCACCUUUGAAGAAUCCAUGUGGUUCUGAUACUCCUACUAGUUCACCUUCUUCAUAUCCAAAUAUUCCUGAGAAUCCAUCUCAUGAUGGUGGAAUUGGUUCUGUGAAAAGUGAGAAAAACAAAGGGCUGAGUAAAGGUGCUGUUGUUGGCAUUGUUGUUGGUGAUUUAAUUGGAAUUUGUCUUUUAGGUUUGUUGUUCUCUUUCUUUUACUCUAGAGUUUGUGGUUUUAACCAGGAUCAAGAUGAUAAUGAUGUUAACAAAGGAAGGAAAAGAAGGAAAGAAUGUUUGUGUUUCAGAAAAGAUGAAUCUGAGGCUCUAUCUGAUAAUGUUGAACAAUAUGAUCUUGUUCCAUUAGAUUCCCAAGUGGCCUUUGAUUUGGAUGAACUUCUUAAGGCUUCAGCUUUUGUUCUUGGUAAGAGUGGAAUAGGGAUUAUGUACAAAGUUGUGCUUGAAGAAGGGCUUGCUUUGGCUGUGAGAAGAUUGGGAGAGGGGGGUUCUCAAAGGUUUAAAGAGUUUCAAACAGAAGUAGAAGCUAUAGGGAAGUUGAGACAUCCAAAUAUUGCUACUCUUAGAGCUUAUUACUGGUCUGUUGAUGAGAAGCUUCUCAUAUAUGAUUAUAUUCCAAAUGGAAGCCUUGCUACAGCAAUUCAUGGGAAGGCUGGACUUGUCACAUUUACACCGCUAUCUUGGUCGGACCGAUUAAAAAUCAUGAAAGGAAUUGCAAAAGGAUUGGUCUAUCUUCAUGAAUUCAGCCCCAAGAAAUAUGUCCAUGGAGAUCUAAAGCCAAGUAACAUACUUCUUGGACAUGACAUGACACCCCGCAUUUCCGAUUUCGGACUAGGACGCCUUGCAAACAUCGCCGGAGGUUCCCCGACCUUACAAUCGAACCGAGUGGCUGCAGAGAAACUACAAGAAAGACAGAAGAGCUUGUCCACCGAAGUCGGAACUAACAUUUUGGGAGAUGGUUAUCAAGCUCCAGAAGCACUUAAAGUGGUGAAGCCAUCACAAAAGUGGGAUAUUUAUUCAUAUGGUGUGAUUUUGUUAGAAAUGAUCACAGGAAGAUUACCAAUUGUUCAAGUUGGUAACUCAGAAAUGGACCUUGUCCAAUGGAUACAGUUCUGCAUUGAAGAGAAGAAGCCACUCUCAGAUGUAUUGGAUCCUUACUUGGCUGAAGAUGCAGAUAAAGAGGAAGAGAUAAUUGCAGUUUUGAAGAUUGCAAUGGCUUGUGUUAAUAGUAGCUCUGAAAAGAGACCUACAAUGAGGCAUGUACUUGAUGCUUUGGAUAGAUUGUCUGUUUCAUCUGAUUGAGAUGUUUGUUUCAGGGAGGUGUGAAUUGUGAAUCCAGCUCAUUUGGAAAGCUUUUGCUUUUAACCUUUCUUAAUGGUUUGAGAAUGUCUUCAAUCUGCUUGGAUUUUCAAGGAUUGCUACAUGUAUUAGUUCUUGUAAUUGAACUACUAGUAGAUAAAAUGCAUUUGUUUGAGAAAAAAAAAACACUAAUCCUUGACUACUAGAGGAGUGUUAGUGACACAAUCUCUAUCUAAUUGUAUUAUUUUUAAAAUAUAUGUUGUUGGUAUUGGGAUUAAAUAUGUUAUUAUA